UGAAUUGAAUGUAAAGCAAGUGUUUGUAUGAAAUGGUUGUCAAACACUGUGUCUAUAAUGGAUGCGAAAGCGAUUCCCGCUAUUGGGACAGGGAUUACAUGAAAGGCGUGUGUUUCAUCCGUUUCCCAAACCCGUCGACUCAUCGGCAAAGAUGUGAGAAAUGGGUUAAGGCUUGCGAUCGACCGGAUCUCACCAUUAAUGCCGUCACCGACAAGACAUACAUCUGUUCAAAACACUUCAUCGGCGGUAACGGACCCACCAAACAGAGCGCAGACCCGCUCCCACCCAAUCAGCUCUUAGCGGCCAAUCAGUCGGCGAAUCAAAUGUUUGACAUCUCAUUGGAAUUGACUGAAGAACAGGCGAGAAAUGGUUUCUUGAAA